AUGAAGGAAUUCGCAGUAAUAUUUGUUGUGGUGUUAAUGGCCAGCACCGUGUAUGGUAAACAAGAAAAAAAUGCCGAUGACAAUGAAAUCCAGAAGCUAGUUACAGCUUUUCUAGAACAAAAAGCUUCUAGCUUGUCUGUGAUGAAUGAUAUAAUUGAAAUGGUUGAUAAAACUAAAAAAAAUUGCCCUGAUCUUGAUGUUAAAUUGAAUGCAACCAUCGCUGAAGUACAAAAAUGUACAGAAGAAAUUAAAAUUGGUCCCAAUACGAUUUGUACAAUAUUAAAAACAUAUGUUAUACAAUGUACCCAACCUGUGAGGGAACUAAUGACUAGCUGUUUACCACAAGAAUCGAAGGGACUUCCUUUGGUGUUAGAAAGAAUUUUUAUCACCAUGAUUAGGCAGGCUUGUAGUUCGACAAUGGAAGAAUUUUUGGAAUUUUUCAAUCCAUGUCAGUUUAGUAAAAGCGUCUCGAACUUUUCUUCGUGCCAAGAACUAACAACAGUAGUUGAAUCUUUCAAAAAUAAACUACCUUCAAAGGAAUUCAUUUGUUCAAUAUUGCCAAUAAUGAGGAACUGCUCUAAGGACAUCCAUAACACCACGUGUACGAACAUAAUAACCAAGACAGUCUUCUUAAAUCUACAUCAAGCUUUAGAAGACAACACCAAAGACGUUUGUAGGGCUGGAAAAAAUGAACUAAACUGA